AUGGAUCCACAGGAGCGAGAUGAGAGAUUUCCGUCAGCAAAAGUGUUUUGCAACCCAAAAUUGCUGACUACUUUACAAAAUUCUCCUUUCAGAAGUUCAAACGAUUCCAAAUCACUUGUGGAUAUGGAACUCAAGAUGGACCCUGAAGAUGUUUUGGAGUUGUUUCAAAGCUUCCCGGACGAACCUUCUCGUGACCAAUACAACGAAUUCGUCGACAUGGUUUUUGAGCCUGAGGCUUCAUCGAAAAGACUUGUUAGAAAUGCAACACCAAUGGACUUUAACCUCAAACCACCUUCGUUCCUGAACCGAUUGCAGGAACCGAACGAGGAGCUGACCGCAUUCGCAAUAGACUUAAAGAUGAGGUGGGUUAGUUUAUGCAGAGAGUUUGUUUUUGGUGCAGACAAUGAAUUUGCCAAGCGGUCCAGUUUCAUCCCACUUCCUUUCCAGUUCUUCGUCCCGGGAGGCCGAUUCCGUGAGUGCUUCUACUGGGAUACUUUAUGGAUCGUUAAAGGAUUGAUAGCGUGUGACAUGCUGGAAUCAGCGAAAGCAGCGGUCCGAAACCUUUUCUAUCUCGUAAGUUGCAUUGGUUUUGUACCAAAUGGGAACCGCGUUUACUUCUUGAACCGAACACAGCCACCUUUAUUGACGGAAGCUGUGAAAGUAGUGUAUGAUGCCAUCGAUAGUGCUUCGGAGCGUGUUGAAUGGCUGGAAGAAGCCGUUCCGAUUCUGGACAAGGAGUCCUCAUGGAUUCAUGAAAAGCGCUCGUUGAGUUCGCACCAUCCCGGGAAGGGUUUCGAAAAUCGUUUACUAUCUCUCUACUAUGUUUCGACUCACCACGCACGACCAGAAUCAUUCGCAGAAGAUUCUUUGAGUCUUCACCGCCGUCAGCAGAGAUGCACUCCCUCGGAUGACGAUAGUCCCUCUUCAGUCUUUCAAAACCUGGCUGCUGCGGCAGAAAGUGGCUGGGACUUUUCUUCGCGGUGGUUUCCUAGCGCAGAUGAAAGAGUUGUCGAGAACACACAGAUUUGUAGUAUUGUACCCGUCUGCCUCAAUAGCAUUUUGCUGAAAGCAGAAAAGGAUUUGUCGUCGUUUCACGAGCUCCUUGCGAAUCACCUAAGACCUCCACCUGAUGAACUCUCCGAUUCGUAUGGAGAAUAUGUGGACAAGUUUGCAGACCAUAAAAAGCAUUUAGAGCUGUCUUCCCAUUAUAAGCAAUUAGCGACAAGGCGCGAAGCCGAUAUGAUGGACCUCCUAUGGGAUAAGGGAACGGGGUUUUGGUUUGACUACGAUAUCAAGUCAUCAGUCCACUCAAGCGUAGUGUCUUGUGCCGGGCUAAUGCCACUAUGGGCAGGAUGUAAUGAGAAAAAAUGGACAGCCUCAGACGCGAAAAGACUUGUUGCUUUUGUUUCGGAUCAUUCUGGCUUGUUGCAGAACGGAGGCUUGUCAUGCACUACUCAAGUGUCCAAAGAACAAUGGGACUUCCCAAACAGCUGGCCUCCGUUAAUUGACCUUGUCGUUGAGGGGAUGCAGCGGUUAGGAGAAAGGUUUCCAACAAGUCAAGGAAGAAAGAUAGCACAGACGAUUGCCAGUCGAUUUCUGGAAACGGCUUGGCGAGGUUGGCGGGAAGACAAUGUGAUGCAUGAGAAAUACGACUCCAGGUACAAAACAGGGAAGAUGGGCGUGGGCGGCGAAUACGCACCACAGGUAGGUUUUGGAUGGACAAAUGGUUCUAUUCUAAGGUUGCUUUGUGACUAUGCUGGUACGUUUAACGAUAUCAUAGCCUUCUAA